AUGAAUAAUCAUUCAAAUGAGUCGAUAGAGAGCUUUUUAUCACCUCCAACUAAUACGAGAUCAAGAUCUUAUAAUUCAGAAAUUACAUCAACUGCCACCCCGCAAAACUAUUCCCAAUCUUUAUUAAAAUCUUAUAAUCAAACACCACCAUUAACUAACGAUUCAAGAACUUUAAUGUCUCAACAAAGUCUCCAAUAUCCAUACGAUUCUAUAUAUCAUCAUCAACCAAAGGUCAAUAAUUUUGAAAUGGCUGAUUUAAAUCGAGAUUUACCACCAACUCCAAGAUUACAAAAUAAAGAAUCCAAUUUUAAUGACCCAUUUAGUGAUGAAUUUACAAAUCCACGAAAUUAUGAUAAUAUACUACUACCUUUGUCACCUCAUAAUUCAAAUCCAUUUAAUAAUAGUCAAAAUGAUUUAUUAGAAAAUAAUAAUGAUAGAGAUUUGAAACAUAGAUUGAAAAGAAAUGAGAAAAAUAGAUUACAAACUUUACGGAGAAAACCAAGAUUUCAUUAUACUAGGUUACCAUAUUUUACAAUAAUAGUAACGUUAAUUCAAGUCAUUGUGUUUAUAGUCGAAUUAGCGAAACUGUCAAUACUAACAGGUUCAGCAUUUCAAACAGAACCAUACUUUAAUCCAAUGUUGGGACCAUCAGCUUCUUUAUUAAUUAAUAUGGGUGCUAGAUAUGUACCAUGUAUGCAUCAGAUUCAAAAUCUAACUGAUGAUACAUCAAUAUUAUUUCCUUGUGCAAAUUCUACAUCUGUAGAUACUUAUGUAUGUAAUUUGAGUCAAUUAUGCGGAUUGUCAGAAUUACCUGUUGAAGGUUCAAAAUUUUUACCCAAUCAAUGGUAUAGAGUAUUUAUUCCCAUUUUUUUACAUGCUGGAUUUCUACAUAUAAUUUUCAAUUUAUUAUUACAAGUUACCAUGGGUGCAUCACUAGAAAGAAAUAUUGGAAUUUUGAAAUAUGCAAUUAUAUAUAUCGCAAGUGGUAUUGGUGGAUUUUUAUUAGGUGCAAAUUUUACUCCACAAGGAAUUGCUUCAACUGGUGCAUCUGGAAGUUUAUUUGGUAUUGUUGCAACUGAAAUUAUACUUUUCAUUUAUACUGGUAGAAAGAAUACAAAUAUGUUUGGAACAAAACAUUAUACAUUAUUUAUUUGUAUAAUGGUUGCUGAAAUUAUUGUUUCAUUUGUACUUGGUCUACUACCUGGUUUAGAUAAUUUUAGUCAUUUAGGUGGAUUUGUAGUGGGUAUACUAACAGCUAUAGGUUUUUUAAAAGACCCAUUUUGGAUAUAUAAAGAUGGAAUAAUAACUUAUAGAAGAGAUCCAACUACUAUGCAACAAUUUAUAAAUAAUUGGAAUCCAUUUUUCGCAGUUGAAGAUAAGAUUCCAACACGAUUAUAUACAUGGUUUGGAGUAAGAACAAUUGCAUUAGUUUUGAUGAUUAUUUAUUUUGUAUUAUUAAGUAAAAACUUUUUCAAUAGUGAUUUAGAUCAAGGUAAUAAUUGUGAAUGGUGUAAAUAUUUCAAUUGUAUACCAGUCAAUGGAUGGUGUGAUAUUGGUCAAGUUAGUGUUACUACAUCAGAUUCAUCAGGAGGUACUGCAUCUUCAACCCCAAAUGAAACGACAGUACCUACAGAAAUAUAUACGACUGAAACAUAUACAAGUUCUUUACCAACAUCGACAAAUAAUCCAGAUAGCAGCAAUUUUAAAAGAGAAUUAUCAAGCAAUACUUCAAAUUCAAAUUAUUCACAUGGGAUAGGAAUUGGUCUUUAUCUUAUACUUGGAUUAUUCAUAUUUUCUUUCUUAAAACGAAAGAAGAUUGUAUAG